AUUGGAGCCACAGAUCGAAAUAUUCUGAUAGUGAUUUGUUUACAAACGCAGUACUUGUUGAGUUGUCUCAGAUUGAGUUGGUUCUUUAUUCAAUUUGUUUGUUUUGAUUGUUCCCAGAGGUGAUUAUUGGUUUCCAAUGAACAAUCGUUUACUAUGCUAACAAAAAAUGUUCCCAACAUUGCUACUUGUAAAACACAUACUGCUUCUAGCAGUAUGUCUGGUUGGUGAUAAAUUGCUUCAAGUGGUACAAAAACCACCUUCCUUAAAAGCUGUAAUUGAUAAUAUAACACACGCUAUAAUCGGUUUGAUAGUAUCCGAAAUCGCUGUACGACAUUUUAAAGAUCAGGUUGGACGAAACGAGUUCUACCUCUUGGUAGGGUUCGGAUGCCUCCUCUCAUCAUGGAUCGACCUGGACCAUUUUAUCGAGGCACGAUCGUUUCAUUUGCAUGAUGCUACCAACCUGAAGAAUCGACCAUUUUUACACAAUUCGAUGAUUUUCUUGGUGCUUAUCAUUUUGACCAUAUCAGCAACAAUUGCGCAAGACAGCCUACCAGUAUCGUUAUGGCUAGCAGUUACAUUUAUUGCAUUUUUCACCCAUCAGCUAAGGGAUGCAAUUCGACGGGGUCUUUGGUUUCGAGGACCAUACUUAAAUUAUAACACUGCUCCCGUGUUCUAUUGGGUUUAUAUAUCUCUGAUACAGCUGUGUCCACACGCUAUGAUUCAGCUGCUCAAUGUACAGCUACAACAUUCCAAAAUCGCUACUUCUACUGGAGAUUUUGCCUCGAAAUAUGAGGCUUUUGAAAUUGUUUAAUGACCAUAGAAAAGUUUAUAAUAAAGCGAUUUACAUAUUUAAUCAAAAAAA